AACCAAAAGAAGAAGCGAAGCGUUGGCGUUGCUUCACACAAACACACAAAAAACACAAAAAUAAAGAAAAAGGAAAAGGGGAUUCUGCCUGCAGUCAAGCAAAUAACAAAUGUCCAUUGCGUGAGGACAAACGCACCAAAAGCCGAACAUGCUGAAGAGCCUCCAAGCGGGCACCUACGCUGGCAUGGCCAAUGCCAAGUGCGGCGAGAUCUACUUCCAGAGCCUAAACAGUUUUCGCAUAGAUUGUGCCUUUUGUGAAAUGAAGAGCUUUGUAUUUAAUGACUUUCUGUUGCACGUCCAGAACGUGCACUUCGAGAACGGCCUGCUCAAGACAGAGGAGCUGGUGGAGCCCAAGGAGGAGAUAGAUGAGUCGGAGGGAUCGCCAGAUGCCAGUAUGGAAGAUGUGAACCCCUUUGCUUGGCACGAAAUUGCCUCUGAAAAUGAUGAAGAUGACCAGCACACCGACAGUGAGGAUGACUACGACAUGGAUGAGGAGAACGAUGAUCCCGGCCGGAUCAUUCUGCAAUGGGACAAUUCCAACGCAAUCGCAAAGGAUUCCUCCACGCGCCAACUGCGCGCUAUCAAAGUGGACUACAAGGAGGAGUCCGACGAGGAAGGCGAAAGCAUUACCAUUGACCUGGAUCUGGAUCAGGAUCAGGAUCAGGAUCUGGAUCUGGAGGAUGACCUGGAGCCGGACCAUCUCGACGACUCGACCACGAAACCGCUUUCCUGCCCACACUGCCCCAAGACCUAUCAGGGACCGAAGACUCUGGAACGGCACAUAGCACGCCAGCACAAGCCCGUGGAUCCCGAAGUGGAGGCCGACUACGGGAUGUGCCGCGUACUCGACUCGAAACCUCAGCCAGUGUACAAGUGUGAGCAGUGCGAGCACACAUUCUUCACAAAAAUGAACCUGGUGAUGCAUAUGAAGGAGUACCAUAAGAUCAGGCGUCAGGCGGCUAUCUCGGCCGCAUCCGCAUCGUUCACUUGCGUGGAAUGUGAUAUGGAGCUGCCGCGCCUGCGUCUGCUCGACGAGCACAUGCUGAAGGUACACGGCGGACCGGCGUGCGUGGUCUGCAAGCGGCGCUACAAAACACGCCACGAGCUCAGGCGCCACCAGCUGAGGCACAACAGCGAACGGAACGUUGAAUGUUCACAUCCCGGGUGCGGGAAGCGCUUCUUCACCAACCGCCACAUGCGCAAUCACACCAAGGUCCACACGCAGGAGAAGAACUUCGUCUGCGAGAACUGCGGCUACAGCUGCCGCAACAAAGAGACGUUGCGCGUCCACAUACGCAGUCACACGGGCGAACGUCCGUUCGGGUGUACGGUGUGCGACAAGCGAUUCCCAUCCCAUUCGGGGCUGCGCGAGCACAUGGCCAUGCACUCGACGGAUCGGCCGUUUGUGUGCAAUGUCUGCGAUGCCACCUUCUCCCGCCAGAAGGGUCUCUACCACCACAAGUUCCUGCACACGGACACCAAGCAGUUUGUGUGUAAGCUGUGCGGCAAUGCCUAUGCCCAGGCAGCAGGAUUGGCCGGUCACAUGCGCAAGCAUCGCAGCGAGGGGCAGAAUGGUGCAUCGUAGAGCAUAACGAUCGGACGGAUAAGGAGAUAAGAAGUUACACACUUACACACUUAAGAUAUAAAGAUAUAUUUUCCAAUCAUCUACGAACUUUAACAUUUUCCCAAGAUUUUCGGCUACAUUUAAGAACUCAGGCAUAGUCGCUUAGGCACAAUUUGCACAGUUUAGUUGUAGUUUUAAGCCUAAAAACACAAACACAAA